CACGUGCAAUCUUUCAUUAUUGCUCGUACACAUUUGGCUGAGAAAUGACGGUGAAUAAAAUUGGGUUUGUUGGAGCUGGAAAGCUUGCUCGCGUACUUACAUUUGGUUUUAUCAGAGCGGGAAUUUUAUCAGCAAAAGAUAUCGUCGCUAGCGCUCCUACUGAACGUGACUGCGAGGAAUUUCGCGACAUUGGUUGUCCUGUUACAACAGACAAUAAAGAAGUUGUAAAAGAAAAUCCAGUUGUAAUUUUGGCCGUAAAACCUCAAUCUUUGCAUACAGUUGUACGUGAAAUUGCUCCGUUAGUCACUCGUAAUCAUUUAAUCAUAUCGCCAGCAGCUGGUGUUACAGUUCGUUCAAUACAAAAUGAGUUACCUGGACGUUCUCGUGUUGCUCGUGUAAUGACGAAUUUAGCUGUGGAGUAUUUGGAAGGUGCAACAGCAUUUUGCCAAGGAAGAUUUAUGGAAGAGGAAGAUUAUGAGACAAUUAUGCAUCUAUUUUCAUCUGUUGGAUAUUGUUUUGAAACUCCUGAACGUCUGAUGGACGUUAUGACUGGUCUUGUUGGAGGUGGUCCUGCUUACAUGUAUCUUGCAAUAGAAGCUCUAGCUGAUGGAGCUGUACAAGCUGGUGUGAAUCGACAAGAUGCUAUUCAACUUGCUGCCAGGGCUGUUUCUGGUGCUGCUAAAAUGGUGUUAGGUACUAAACUACAUCCAGGUGAGCUUAAAGACAAUGUGUGUUCUGCAGGUGGGUCUACAAUUGCUGGUAUAUUUGCACUGGAAAGGGCUGGUUUUCGUGGUGCCUUAAUGGAUGCUGUAAAAGCAUCUUCAGAGAGCGAAACAAGUUGGUGUUGAAGCAACACAAACAAUAUCAUACCACAGAAAGUAAUUUGAAUCUCCAUUGUUCAAUUUUUAGAAUAUAAUUCCUAUUUGUUUGCUUAAUUUAUACAUUUGGAUUUUCAAUUAAUUAUUUUAAUAAUUUUUAUCCAAGCAUUGAUACCAUACUUAAAUAUACAUUAAAGUUUGGUGAAAUAACCCUUUGACAACUUUCCAAAACAAUUUUCUUCCUUCAUAUUUAUUUGCACAACCUAAGUGUUUAAUACAAUGAUAAUAUCAAUCUUCAAAUAUCAGUUCAACAGAAAAAUUAAUUUUAAAA